UGCGGCGGCUGUGCACUCUUUGCUCAGCUGACAGAGCGGAGCGUCACGGUCACGACACCCGGAGACUGUGCGGAGCGACGGCGGCUCCACUAUGCUGCUCAGCCUCGGUCCCUGCCGUGUCUCGCGUUGUCCCGUGUACGAUACGUGUCGGCUCUUGCACCAUCACGUUUAGCCGGAGCUCCACAAGCUCCAACAGACAGACUGGCAGGAUUUUCUCCGGUGCUUUUGAAUUUGUUAAUCUCCGCGGCGGACGGAGGACCGCUGUCUCCCGUGCACGGUCCCUCCGACACAACUCGUCCGGACAUGAGUAACGUUAAUCUGAUUUUCUGGGACCAGUUGCAGGCUGGCAGCUCCGAUGUGGACUGGUGCGAAGGCAAUUACCUGAUUUACCCGAGCAUCGCUGAGUUUUACAACACGAUCAGCAACAUUUUGUUUUUUGUUUUGCCGCCCAUACUAAUGUGCUUGUUCCGCCAAUAUGCAACACAUUUCAACAGUGGGAUUUACCUCAUAUGGAUUCUGCUUGUUGUGGUCGGUAUUGGAUCGACAUAUUUUCACGCCACCCUCAGCUUCCUGGGCCAGAUGCUGGAUGAGCUGGCCAUCUUAUGGGUGCUCAUGUGCGCCAUUGGCAUGUGGUUCCCCAAGAGAUACCUGCCUCGGAUGUUCAGGAGGGAUCGGUCAAGGUUCAAGGUGGUCAUCGGCAUCUUGUCAGGGAUCACCACGGGGUUGGCCUUUGUCAAACCUGUCAUCAACUCGGUGUCACUCAUGACACUGGGCAUCCCCUGCACUGCACUGCUCAUCACUGAGCUGAGAAGGUGUGAAAACCCUCGUGUGUUCAAGCUGGGCUUGAUCUCAGGGAUGUGGUGGAUGCUGGCUCUGCUCUGCUGGAUCAGUGACAGGAUCUUCUGUGAAAUGUGGUCAUCUGUCAACUUCCCCUACUUACACUGUGCUUGGCACAUCCUCAUCUGUCUGGCCUCUUACUUGGGUUGCGUUUGCUUCGCCUACUUUGACGUCGCGACCGAGGCCCCAGAGCGAGGCCCCGUCAUCAUGUUCUGGCCCAACGAGAAGUGGGCCUUCAUCGGCGUGCCCUACGUCUCCCUGCUCUCUGUCCACAGGAAGGCUGCCGUCAAGGUGACAUAAAGUGAGUCUACAGCUCAGCGGGUUGUGCUCCCACACUUCUCACCAGGAUGUCUUCAAAACAGCAAGACGACGCGAUACAUCCACCGCAGCCGUGAGUCGGCUGACAUCCACCGGUGCUCUGGUGACUGGAUGAUGUAGGUGAUUCACAUGUGGGCCAACUGAGGGGAUUCAUCUUUUCCUGGUUCCUUCCCUGGUCCGGUCUUCAUUACACAGCAGUGUUUAUGCAACUCAAAGAGCAACAGGUGUCACAAAAUAGCUGUUUUCAGACAUGAACUCCGGAGGAUGUCCGCACAAUUGGUUCCGGACUUUCUCCAGAUGGUUCCUUUCACAACGAUUCACAACAACAACAGAAAGACGUAACAUAUUAACUCCGCUG